AUGUUUUCACAAGCCAACGAAUCGCACAGGAUAUCUGCUUCAUUCCAUGCAACGCUGAGAAUGAAUGGUCCCUCCUAUGCAGCAGGCCUCCAAGCAAUCAACUCCACUGGCUUCUCCACCAACGAUGAUCUCGAGGCCGCUCACUACUCCCAACAGACAUCUCCAUCCUCCAUGGGGUUCUCCACCGACGAUGAUCUCGAUGCCGCUCACGACGCCCAACAGACAUCUGCCUCCUCCACUCUUCCUGAAAGCCUCUCUCUCUCCCGCUCUGGUGAGACUGAUCCAGACGACCUCGAAUAUCCCGAGCUCUCCGUCAGCCCUGAUUCUGCCAUCUCCCCUGAGGACUACUGGCACAACCCCAACAGGAAUCAGCCUGAGGUUUCUUUCUUCGAACGCUUCAUCCGCUACAUCAAGCGUCAGUGCCACGCCGUCGUUGCUAAGGUUGUUCGCAAGUUCUCAACCAAGACUCGUCGUAACUCUCUUAAAACUCCCAUUUCGACAAUGAUCACUGAGCGUCCCAUUACCAAUGUUCAAACCGCUGCUUCUAUCACGGUUCAUGGCAAUAUGCGUCUUCGGCCUGUUGCGAUGACAUCAGGACCGACGGUUGAGGAAGUGUUGGAUACUGUGCUUCCAGCCUCGGUCUCCAGGGUGCAGCUUACUAGAGAGGACAUUGCGAACGCCCUCGUCGACUCGUUGAGGCUUGAGAACUUCAUGGGUUAUGAUCAAAGGUUUAGAGAGAUCGAUUUGGCUCCGCCGGCACCAGUUCAUGUGCCCGGUCAUGGGAAUUUGAAUGAGUUCAUGACCACCGACACCUGCAUUACGAAUGUCGAAGCCGUUACCCCAACAAUUCCGCUCCAUACUCUUAACACUGUCCGCCUUCGUUGGCUUACUGGUGAAGCUAGACCAGCAGUUCAAGAGGUGUUCAACGCGCAACUUCCGAGCAUCGCGGAUGCGGUCGUCGACUCGCUGAGGCUUGAGAACCGUUCAAACAGGGACCUCAGAUAUAGGGUUGUUGAUUUAGCGCCGCUGGCCCCGGUUCAUAUGCCCGGGGAGCAUCUUAGGGUCUCUACUGAAGUAGUUUACGGAAACGUGGAUGAGAAUGGCCAUGAAUUUCUUGAGCCUGUUCUUUGGAUCUAG